CGUACGCGCGCACACACACGAGCAUAGCAAACACGCCGCGCUAUCUGCACAGGUAUUGACUGACACACCUUUUCAUGAGGUGCAUUUCUUCGACCGGCUCAUCAAUCCGACAAUCCAGCCACCAACCAACAUCAUCCGCCUAAUCCUCCAUCCUCGCUCUUGACGCCCAGCAAAGCAAACACACGUACCCACAUCACACCACCUAACCUGCCUCAUCUAUCUGCGCUUGCCCUUUCCCUUUCUCUGGAUAGCCCAGUGAGGCCGCUUCUUGAUGUUGUCAGCCAGGCGAGCCAGCCUCUCCUUCCUUCUGCGAAUCUUGGCCUCUUGCGCAUCGACCUCAUCAGACGAUCCUUCGGUGUCCUUGUCGGCCUUGUCGCCGUCCAUACCUCCCUCCUGCGUUGAUUUGAGUGAGGGGUAGAUAGACACAGAGCGACGUGUGUGCGUGUGUGUGUGUGUGUGGAUGGGUCGCCCACCCAUUCACCUGUGAGCCGUCUGAUCCGCUGUCGCUGUCGGGCUGUGCAUCGCCCUCGUCAGACUCUUCUUCAGUCCCUGAUCACACAUAUAUACACACAUGGCACAUGCAUCUGUGUGCCAGGCGUAUGUCUUCCUCACCUCUGAGUUUCCGCUCGUAUUCCUCGACUGAGAUCUUGCCUUGCCGCAGCUUCUUGGCCAGACGCUCUGUACAAAAAAACAAGGCAUCACGCAUUGAGAAUCGAUGCGCCCAUCGUUUGUGUGGAGGCUGCCCACCCUCCAGCGCGAGAUCUUCCCACUCGGCGGCAGCACGCUUCCUGAGGAAGGAGGAACACGAUGAAUGGAGACGCAUAGAUACGCGCGUACGUGCCCUCUUGGUGAGUGGUGGCUAUCUGGCCGGCUGUCUCAAACACCCACCUCUUGGCCCUUCUCUUCUCCCCGCGUGUUCGAUACACCUUGCUCUCCUCACACUUCUGUUCGUCUUUUGCCCGCUUCUCGACAGCCCUGACACACACACACACACACACACAGAGACAGACAGACAGACAGAGAGAGAUUCUGUCAAGUGGCGCUUGAGAAAGGGAUGGCAGUUGGCCUACUUCGCCUUUGUUCUGUCCUUUUUGGGGUCGGUCUGGCUGCUCUCCAUCGCUUUCGCCUCUCGUUUCUUGCGCAGCUGCUCCUGCCGCUGGGCCUCACGGUGGGGGUCCUACUCACACACAAAUGGAAUGAAGGGCAGGUUGUGUGUGGGGCCAUUGGUUGCACCGCCGCCUCGCAGAUACCUUGAACGCAAUGGUGCUGGGGUCGACGUCACUCUGGACGAAGUUGUCGAUCGUGCGACCUGAGUGACACAGGCACCGAGAGAGCACAUGGGUGGGUGCAUGUUCGCGGUGUCGUGCCUGCAUGUGUGGUCACCUACCGAGGAUUUCCUUGACGCGUGGAAUACGCAGGAGGGCGAACGAGGAAGCCAGGUGGCCGAUCGACAAACUCUGCACAAGGCCAAUUGAGGAAAAAGAAUGCAUUCAAAUAAAACAGGCUGUGCGCAGCGCAGGCCGUGUGGUGUUUGUUGUACGUGCCUGGAAUGGGAAGAUGUAGGCGAGCUGGUGCUCCUUGUACGCCCGCACAAACGAUACAAACGCCGCAGAGGCCUUCUCAAGCACCGCACGAUCCUAACCGACACACACACGCGCCACCAUAUGCAUGCAACCCCUCCCUUCCUGAAUGGAUGGAUGGAUGUCCCACAAACCUCCAUGAGCACUUGCUGCGCGUCUCUCAGCGUGCUGGCGGCCUCCUCGUCCUUGAUCAGCUGCUGCUCGGAUGAAAGAGAGGAGUCGUCUGGAGGUGCCUUGCGCUUCUUCCUGGCCGCCACCCCUGCAAAAGCGCUCUUGAGCCGACUGGACGCAAAGUCCGCAAGCUCCACCUAUGUAUAUCCAAGGAAAGGACAGUGGCAGGGAUGGAACCAGACGCAUGAACCCCCUGUGUCGUUUGGCCGACCUUUCUUCUCUGGAGGAAUGGAAUGUAGGCCGUCUCCUCGGGCAGGAGCAUCACCAGCGACCGGCCUGACCGGCCCGCACGCGCAGUGCGGCCGAUCCGAUGGAUAAAGAACUCGGGAUCCUGCAUCCAUCCAACCAACCAUCCAUGUAUGCCCCAAGUGUCGCCCUCUAAUUCUCACUCACCUGUGGAGCGUCAUAUUGGAUGAUCCAGUCAACGUCCGGCACAUCGAUGCCCCUGGCCGCCACGUCCGUGGCCAGCAGAAUGCCACGGGAGCCGUCGACGAACUGCUGGUAUGUCUUCUGCCGACCCUUCUGGGCCAUCUGGCCGUGCAGCCGAUAGAUUGGGUAGUUGGCAAGGGAGAAGGGGUGCUGUCCUGAGGUCUGUUCGCUUGGUAUGGGUGCGGCGGAGUUGGUGUUGGCGUCAUGUCGUUUGGUGAGCUCGAGGAGCAUCUUGUGGAAGAAGUCGACACACGCGCAUGUGAGGAAGAAGACGAUGCACUUGCCCUUGCUCUCUGGCAAGAUCGUCCUGACGGUAACGCCACACACUUACACCAUUAUACGGGCCCGCCCAUAUUCCCUCCAUCCCAUAUCCACUCACCUGAAGAAGCGCAUAAGGAAUGCCAGCUUCUGAUCGCUCCUCAUGUAGCAGUAGUAGUUCUCAAGUGUCGUGGGCGUGCUGUGCGUCACUGCACCGCCGGCCGCAUCCUCGCCGUCCUGCUUGUCGUCUUGCUGUUGGGCUUUGGGUCGGUCGACCUUGACGCAGAUGUGCACGGGGUUCCUGAGGCCUGCCUUGAUGAGCUGGUGGAGGGCGGUCGUCAGGGUGGCCGAGAAGAGACCCGUGCGGCGCUGUUUUGGCAAACGGCCUGAAACACGGCAUGGAUGGCUGCUGUGUGCAUCAUCGAUCCAUCGUACCGAGAAUGUCUGACAGGUGCCUCUCGAACCCCAGGUCGAGCAGCCGAUCAGCCUCGUCCAUCACCAAAACCUCCAGCGACUUGAGAGUCCAAUCCUGGCACACACACAGAGUAGGCACAUGCAUCCGUGUUUCUCGCCGCCGUCUGUAGGCCGGUCUGUACCCACGUCGGGGUCGCUGAGGAUCGUCAGCAGAUGGCUGAGCCGCCCAGGUGUGGCCACAAUGAUCUCAAGCGACCUGUCCGUCGCGGCCCCGCGGAUCUGCUCGCACUCUUGGUCCACCUCACGCCCACCGGUGACCAGCCACGCCCUCAAAUGCCCGCCAUACCCAUGCCCGUCAGCCACGUGCCUCAUUAAGGCAGACAGCACCUCAUGAAUCUGCCCCGCCAGCUCCCUUGUGGGCGCCAGAACGAGGGCACCAAUGCGGAAGGUCGCCAUCGCCACACCGCUGUGCGUUCGCUGCCGCUUGGGCGCGUCCGAUGCCGCGAGAGUUUUGAGGAGCAUCUCGACACACGGGAUAAGGAAGGCGAGUGUCUUGCCGGAGCCGGUGAUGGCCUCCACGCAGACAUCUUUGUUGUCGAGGAAGAGAGGGAUGGUGAUGGCCUGCACGGGCGUCAUCUUGAUGAAGCCUUGGGCGGCGACGAAGCCGAGAGUGGCUGGACUGAGGCCUUUGACGUCCUCCCAGCGACGGGAGGCCUGCUGUGGCUGUGGACGGGAUGAAGAGUCUGACAUCGAUGUAUGUUGGAUGGAUCUCGAUUUAGAGAAUUGCCGAUGAGUACCUCGGUCCUCCUGCGCCGUAGAUGCGACCUUUACUUGGCUGGGUGCGCAC